UCGGCCGGGCCGGCGGAGGGCGCGGGCGGCCAGCCGGGCAGCGGCGCCGCCAUGAACGCGGCGGUGGUGAGGCGGACGCAGGAGGCGCUGGGGAAGGUGAUCCGGAGGCCGCCGCUGACGGAGAAGCUGCUGAGCAAGCCCCCGUUCCGCUACCUGCACGACAUCAUCACGGAGGUGAUUAGAAUGACUGGUUUCAUGAAGGGCCUCUACACAGACGCUGAGAUGAAGUCUGAUAACGUGAAGGAUAAAGACGCAAAAAUCAGCUUCCUACAGAAGGCCAUAGACGUGGUUGUAAUGGUUUCAGGAGAGCCAUUAUCAGCAAAACCAGCCCGAAUUGUGGCCGGGCAUGAGCCUGAAAGAACAAAUGAGCUACUCCAGAUAAUUGGAAAAUGCUGUCUUAACAAGCUCUCCAGUGAUGAUGCCGUGAAGAGAGUCUUAGCUGGAGAGAAGGGAGAUGUGAAAGGAAGGGCCUCACUGACUUCACAAUCUCAAGAAUUGGAUAAUAAAAAUGAGAGAGAAGAAGAGUCCAGAACUCACAAAGAUAAAGAGGAUAGAAGAAACUCAGAGAUAGAAGAGAGAAGUACAAGCAGAGAGCGAAAACAGAAAGAAGAGUUGAAAGAAGAAAGCAAACCAAGAGAAAAGGAAAGGGCCAAGGAGAACGACAGAGAGAGACAUAAAGACUCUGAGAGAGAGAAAUACAGAGAAGGAGAGAGAGAAAAAAGCAAGGCUAGGUCCAAGCAAGAGCGAGAGAGAGACAGAGACAGAGGCAAAGAUUUAGAACGAGAGAAGGAGAGAGAGAGGAAGAGUGAUGGAGGAAAAGAAAAAGAGAGAUUGCGAGACAGGGACCGAGAUCGAGACCGAGACAAAGGGAGGGACAGGGAUAAACGGAGAAUGAGAAAUGGGGAGCACUCCCGGGACCCCGACAAGGAGAAGAGCAGAGAGCACGACAAAGUGGAGAGGAAGUUGGCAAGCUCAGGGGAGUUAUCUAAAAAGUUGUCAGAUGGAUCUUUAAAAGACUCCAAAGCUGAAACAGAGACUGAGCUUACCUCUAGAUCAUCCAGGUCAUUGACAACAAAAACUUCAAAACGGCGAUCCAGAAAUUCACUGGAAGGAAGAAGGGACUCUAGAACCAGUGAAAGUAGUCUUUCCUCUGAAAAAGAACAUAACUCUUCCUACUGUAAACCUAAGAAGGAACAUAUCGUGAAACAGCUCGGAAGGAAGGAGGAUAAUAUUUCAGCUAAACUUUUAGACCCCGUAGUGUCUGGAUUAAAUAUUGAACCAGAUCAGGAAACUACAGCUUCAGAAAUAGAUGAUAAUUCAACUAGUCUGUGGCGUGAGAAUAUUGAGGCAGACCCAGCAAUGAAGCAGAAAGGCGACUCGCCCAGCGAUGCAGAAGGAGAAGUUGUACCUCCUGGCCGAGAGAAGUCUGAGAUGUCAGAGAAUCCAGAAAUCCCCAGUGAGCUUUCGUCCGGUGUCAGAAGAAUACCUCGGCCCGGGAGUGCCAGACCAGCGCCUCCCCGGGUCAAACAACAAGAAAGCGUGGAAGCAUUGCCGAUAGAGAGGACAGGGAGUGGUAAAACCGUCUCAAAUGUGAUUAUAGAUUCACAGAAUUCUGACAAUGAAGAUGAUGAUCAGUUUGUGGUGGAAGCUGCCCCUCAGAUCUCUGAAAUGUCAGAAAUUGAAAUGGUACCAGCAGUGGAAUUAGAAGAAGAGGAGAAGCAUGGUGGACUUGUGAAAAAAAUUUUGGAGACUAAGAAAGAUUAUGAGAAAUUGCAGCAGUCACUGAAACCUGGAGAGAAGGAGAGAUCACUCGUCUUUGAGUCAGCAUGGAAGAAGGAGAAGGACAUUGUUUCCAAGGAGAUAGAGAAGCUCCGUGUGUCUAUCCAGACCCUGUGCAAGAGCGCACUUCCCCUGGGGAAGAUCAUGGACUACCUCCAGGAGGAUGUGGACGCCAUGCAGAAUGAGCUGCAGCUGUGGCACAGCGAGAACAAGCAGCAUGCCGAGGCCCUGCAGAAGGAGCAGAGCAUCACAGACUGUGCCGUGGAGCCCCUGAAGGCCGAGCUGGCUGAGCUGGAGCAGCUGGUCAAAGACCAGCAAGACAAGAUCUGCGCCGUGAAGGCCAAUAUCCUAAAGAAUGAAGAAAAAAUCCAGAAAAUGGUGUAUAGUAUCAAUUUGACUUCAAGAAGGUGAACACUCAUAAGUUUCAGAGAUGAAAAGUCACCAUCAGUUUAAAAACGAAGAUAGAAAAUCAUCACUCUUUAAGUUCCAGUUUGCUCAGAAAAUGAACAGUUUACAAUGUUAAUAUCCAGCUAAUUUUCAGAGCUUUCAAACUUCGAGCAUAUUAAGUGUGUAAAAAGACCAUGUUUUCUUACCUCCUUCCAGCCGGAAUAUUUGCUAGUUAUAAAUAGCUCUUCCCAACGCCUUUGUGAGUUUUUUUUGCAAGCUUGUUCUUUGUGUUCUGCUGCAGCCUGUUAAGUUCUGCACCAGAAUUCUCUAGCAGGUAAGCGGUGUCGGCAUUCCAGGGAACAGUGGUCCUUUAUUCCAGUUCAAUGAAAGGACUUCCAGAGGUCAGCACUGAAUGAAGGAUGACUGUACACUUUUUGAUGGGCACUUUGUAAAUAGAAUGAGGCCUGAAAUCAAUAAAUUAUAUUUUUAGUUAA